GCUGAAAGAACUCUCAAAGUUGAGGUAAGCAUGGAGGUUCAAAUUCUAUCCAGAAAGUUGAUAAAACCAACAACUCCAACUCCACCUCACCUUAGAAGUUACAAAACAUCAUCCUUAGAUCAACUUGCUCCACCAGCAUAUGUGCCAUUUAUUCUGUACUACGUUGCCAAUGGUGACAAAAAUGAAAUUGAUGAGAGGAGUAAGCGUUUAGAGAAAUCACUUUCAGAAAUCUUAACCCUCUAUUACCCUCUAGCUGGGAGAUACAUCAGAGAUAAGCAACUAGUUGAUUGUAAUGAUGAGGGGGCGGAAUACUUGGAAGCCCAAGUAAGUGGAAAACUUGCUCAAGUUCUCCAAGGAGAACUCAAACCCGAGCUGUUGAAUUCUCUUGUUCCCAAUGUAAUGCCAUCAGAAACUACUCCUUUGGCAUUUGUUCAAGUCAACAUGUUUGAGUGUGGUGGGCUAGCCAUUGCGCUAGAAUGUGCUCAUUUUAUAAUUGAUGGAAUUACAGCCACUACGUUUUUCAAUGCAUGGGCUAAAGCAUGCAAAGCAGAAGGGAUCAAUGAAGUGAUUCACCCAAGAUUUGACUUGGCUUCUUUCUUUCCACCAAGAGAGAAUAUUAUGCCUAUGAAGCCACCUAAGAUGCCUGGACCUGGUGCAAAUCCAAUCAUCACCAAAAGGUUUGUGUUCAAUAAGGAAGCAAUAUCAAGCCUGAAAGCCAUUGCCAAAGGUGGUGCUUGUGAUUCUGAAACAUCAACAAAACGCCAACCUUCACGGGUAGUGGCGGUUACAACGCUUAUAUGGAAGGCUCUCAUUGCUGUGGCUAAAGCUAGACGUGGGCACUUGAGAGCCUCUAUUUUAAGUCAUUCACUGAAUCUGCGUGGAAAGACGGCUCUGCCAAUACCGGAUAACUCUUUUGGGAACUUCUACAUGGUGGCCAAUGCUCGAUUUGGUGGAAACAACGAGAGCAAGUUUGAGUUGCAUGACUUGGUGGAUGCACUUGAUGAUUCAAUAAGGAAUACGCUUGAUGACUGCAUGAAAGCACAAACCGGGGACGAUUUGGUUUCUAUGAUGACUAAAUCCUUAAGAGAGGUCGGUGAAGAACGUGAAAGAGGUGAGACUGAUAUCUAUAUGUUCAGUAGCUGGUGUAGGUUCCCUUUCUAUGAAGCGGAUUUUGGCUGGGGAAACCCUGCUUGGAUGAGCAUUGUAGCUAUUCCUAUGGAAAUGAUUGGUAUGUUUGACACCAAAGACGGUGAUGGAAUUGAGGCAUGGGUGAGCUUGCAUGAAGAAGCUAUGCUUAUGUUUCAGAAUUAUCCUGAGAUUAAAGCCUUUACCUCCCAAAUCUAAUUGUUUAGUGCUUCCUUUUAAUAUGUUGGGUUUAGUAAGAAUAAAUUUUUAGGUUAUGUAUCAGUUGAAUUUCUCAUGUCAUGAGUGUAUCUAUGUUUUUUAAAAAAAUAAAAAAAUUAAUUUGAUACUUGGAAGAUUGAA